AUGCAAAACUUGGUGUGUUUACAACUUGUAUUGUUUUCUAUACUGUGGAUAUUAAAAGCAGAAAAAACAGUUGGACUCGAUUGGCCAGUUACUUCAGCCAGUGUCAAAUUGCUUGGUAUUUUUCCUCAACAAACUGAUGUGGAAUCCAAAAAUGAUAUGUGGGCCCUUCAUUGCCUUUCAAUGUUUCGAGCAGCUAUUCUAUUGUCUCAACAAUACAAUAUAAAAUUUCAAGAAGAAUUUCUUGGUUAUGAUGAAAUAAUAACAGAUCAUGAUGUUAUGGCUACAGUUGAUCAUACAUGUACAAAAGUAUCAACAUCGAACAUAGUUGGAUUCGUUGGUCCGGCAUAUUCGAGUGAAGCACGAUAUCUUGCAUCAUUUUCAUAUCGAUUAGGAAUAAUAAGUGUCUCGUAUUCGGCUACAAGUCCUGAUUUAUCAACCAUCGACAAUGGAGCAUUUUAUCGUGUAGUUCCAUCAGAUGAAAAUACUGUAUUAAGUAUAACAAUAUUAUUUCAACAAUAUAAAUGGAAAUCCUCUAUCAUUAUAUAUCAAAAUGACGAAUUUGGUAUUAACGGCAUGCAAUUAUUGAAACAAAAAUUUAGUGACAUGAGUAUUACAACUCGAGAGAUAAUUAAAUUUGAUAUGAAUGAACAAAAUUUUCAAAUUGAUUUUCAACAGACAUUAGUUAAUAGUUUAUCACGUAUUGUUAUUCUAUGGGCAGAUAGAAAGACAACAACAACAAUAUUAAAAAAAGCAUUUGACGAAAAUUUAUUAGGUUCAGAUUUUCUUUGGAUAUUAACAACAACAAUAUCAUUGGAUCAUUUUAAUCAAAGACAAAAGCAAGCACUUGUUGGAAUUCUUACUAUUGAACCUGUUAAAGGAAAUUAUGUUAAUCAAUCAAUAAAUACAACAUUGUUAAAUGAAGCAUAUAAAAUUUGGAAAUAUUAUCAACCUGAUACAUUUCCUGGUGAUGAAAAUGUCAAUAGUUAUGCAUUAUAUACCUUUGAUGCCACAUGGGCAUUUAUUUUAUCCUUCGAAAAACUUUGUUCAAUGCAAUUAUCUUGUUUACAAAUUCAGAAUGCUUCAAACUGUUAUGAUCGUCGUUUUUUUAAUUCAAAAAAAUAUUAUGAUAUUAUGAAAACAGUAUCAUUUUUAGGUAUAUCUGGUGAGGUGAAAUUUUCUAAUAGAACAGCAGAUCGUGUUGGUCAUCUAUAUUAUAUUAUUAAAAAUAUUCAACCUUUAAAUACACAAAUAAAUAGUAUUGAUUAUUUACCUGUAUUAAAAUGGGAUGUUGAUUCAACUGAAUGGUUAUUUUAUAAAAAUCAAUCUGAUGAUAUUAUAUGGCCCAAUUUAUCAAAAACUGUUCCAAAAGAUUACAAAUCAAUUAAAGGUAAUGAAAUAUUUAUCUCUAACAAAGUUCUCUACUUAUAG